ACCAAGAACUCUGCUAUCAUGGCAGGAAAACCCAAGCUUCAUUACUUCAAUGGACGAGGCAGAAUGGAAUGCAUCAGGUGGCUCUUGGCUGCAGCUGGAGUCGAGUUUGAAGAGAUAUUUAUAGAAGGUCCAGAAGACUUGGAAAAGUUAAAAAAUGAUGGGAGUUUGCUGUUCCAGCAAGUGCCAAUGGUGGAAAUUGAUGGGAUGAAGCUGGUGCAGACCAGAGCCAUUCUCAACUACAUUUCCACCAAGUACAACCUCUAUGGGAAGGACAUGAAGGAGAGAGCCCUGAUUGAUAUGUAUACAGAAGGUGUGGCAGAUUUGAAUGAGAUGCUCCUUCUUUUGCCAUUAUGUCCACCUGGGGAAAAGGAUGCCAAGAUCGCCCUGAUCAAAGAGAGAACAACUAAUCGUUAUUUUCCUGCCUUUGAAAAGGUGUUAAAGAGCCACGGGCAAGACUACCUUGUUGGCAACAAGCUAAGCAAGGCAGACAUUCACUUGGUUGAACUUCUCUACUUUGUGGAAGAGCUGGACUCCACCCUUAUUGCCAGCUUCCCUCUGCUGAAGGCCCUGAAAGCCAGAGUCAGCAACCUCCCUACAGUGAAGAAGUUCCUGCAGCCUGGCAGCCAGAGGAAGCCUCCCCUUGAUGAAAAAAGGUUAGAAGAAGCAAAAAAGAUUUUCAAGAUUAAAUAA